GGGGGGGAGGCGGUACUGGCGGCAGCGGGCGGGCGGGCUGUCGCGGGGUGCAGGCGGGACGCGGCUCUGGCCGGGCUCGCAGGGCGGAUAGAGCGGGGCCGGCGCGGCGGAGCGGGGCCGCGAUGGGCUCCCAGGCGCUGCAGAUCCUGCGCCAGGGCGUGUGGGCGGCGCUAAGCGGUGGUUGGUACCAGGACCCGCACCGUGGCGCCGGGGUUAACGCGCUGCACCUGUAUCUGUGGCUCUUCCUGCUGGGCUUCCCCUUCACCCUCUACAUGGCCCUUCCUUCUUCAAUGGUGAUAGUAGCAGUCUACUGUCCAGUGAUAGCAGCUCUCUUCAUUGUUCUGAAAAUGGUGAACUACCGUUUGCACAGGGCAUUGGAUGAGGGAGAAAUUGUGGAGAGGAAUGCCAAACAACAUAUGGACAGGGGUGCAAAAACUGAACAAGGCAAUACUUCAACCAGGAGAACAGACAGCAAUGGGCCCAGUGACCCUGGUGGAGGGAUUGAGAUGUCUGAGUUCAUACGAGAAGCCACUCCCCCAGUUGGCUGCAGUUCACGCAAUUCUUAUGCUGCUCUAGACCCAAACAACCAGAUUGGAUCAGGAUUAUCUCGUCUUGGAACAACAGCAACCAUCAAAGCCUGCCAUUGUUAUAGGGGAGAUACUGACACUGCGAAGACUUCUGAUGAUAUCAGUUUAAGUCUUGGCCGGAGUUGUAGUCUUUGUAAAGAAGGGAGUGAAGAACAAGAUUUGGCAGCUGAUCAGAAGAUUCUUCAUCUGAUCUCCAAUGACUCCUUUGUCUCCAUCCAGCCUUCAUUAUCCUCUGGACAGGAUUUGCCAAGGGACAACAGUGAUAAAGUGUGCCUCCCUAACAACCACCAUGUGGAUCAGUCUCUGUCUAGUGCAUGUGACACUGAAGUGGCUUCUCUUGUACCUUUGCAUUCCCACUCCUAUAGAAAAGAUCACAGACCACGAGGUGUGCCAAGGACCUCUAGCUCUGCUGUUGCUUUUCCAGAUGCUUCUCUAAAUGACUUCCCUCUCUAUCAACAAAGACGAGGACUAGAUCCAGUCAGUGAGUUAGAAGCUUCCAAACCCCAUUGUGGAUCCAAAGACUCCUUAGCUGAGAACUCUUGUAUUUCAGGAGUCUUUCAGUUAGAUGACAUCCUGAAAAGUAGUAGCCCCCAACAGCUGGCCAAGAGUGGGAAGAGCAAAUCUUUGAAAGCGGAUAAAAGCGUGGACAGUCUGAGAAGCCUGAGUGGUAGGAGUAGUGGUUCAACAGAAAGCUAUUGCAGUGGAAUUGAUCGUGACACGAACAGUACCAUCAGUAGCUACAAAAGUGAGCAGACCAGUUCAACUCAUGUAGAAAAUGUGUUGUCAGAGCAUGAGGAGUCUCCUAGAGAAGAGAGAGAGAACAGCAAGAAAAAGGACUGCUGUACUGACUCAGAGGAUGACAGUAGCUCUGCUACGGAUAAAAGGUCUAGUAGUGAAAGGACUGCUGUAGAAAUGAGCACUAAUAGUGGUGUUCAAGAAGCAAAGGAUUCUAACACAUCCGAUGAGAUACACAGUCAAAGGGGUCUUAGUGCCUCUGCUUCAGAAGAAGCCAAUAAGAACCCACAUGCCAAUGAACUAACUACACAAACAGACAGGCCACCUGGAAAGGCUGCUGAAACAAGAGAUGAUCAGAGUGAGAAAUUGGCUGCCUUAGUUGAUUCAAGAACUUGUAAAGAAACAGGUGGUAAACAAAAGGAAGGAGAUGUAAGACCUAAAUCCUCUAACUUACUCCACCGGACAGCUUCUGUUCAUAAAUCGAGCAGGAGACGGACAGGAAAAAAACGGGCUAGUAGUUUUGACUCAAGCCGGCAUAGGGAAUACGUUUCCUUUCGAGGCGUGUCUGGAACCAAACCCCAAAGCACUGUGUUUUGUCAUGAUGAGGACUCCAGUGAUCAGAGUGACUUGAGCAGGACCUCAAGCAUGCAGUCAGCCCACCAGUUCAGCAGUGAUAGCUCUUCCAGCACCACUUCCCAUUCAUGCCAGUCUCCUGAGGGCAAGUACAAUGCUCUAAAGACCAAAUACGUUAAAGAAAGAGGAGGCACAGACUUGAACACCCACAAAGCCCAUUUAGGCUCUGAAGGAAUUAGCAAAAAACGUUCAACACGUCGAACUUCUAGCACUAACAGUGUGAAGAGUCGUGCCAGAGUAUUAAGUCUGGACAGUGGUACUGUAGCCUGUUUAAAUAACCCAAAUAGCUUAAUGGCACCAGGUAACAUAAAACAAUUAACCACUUCAAAAUCAGAUUUGGAAGCCAAAGAGGGAGAGGUGCUAGAUGAGCUAUCUCUAUUGGGAAGGGCUUCACAUUUAGAGUCAGUCACUCGUUCUAGGAAUAGCUUGCCAAGCCAAACUAUGUUUCCCGAAGGGGAAGAGCAAGAAUCAGCUGGUGGAGCAGCACAAGCCAGCGAGGAGACUGUCAUGUUUCACCGUGAACGCAGCACAUUUAGGCGUCAGGCAGUACGGCGCCGGCACAAUGCAGGGAGUAACCCCACCCCUCCCACAUUGCUCAUCGGAUCGCCCCUCAGCCUUCAAGAUGGUCAGCAAGACCAGCAAUCCACAACACAGGUCAAAGUCCAGUCCUGCCCCCCUUCCCAGGCAGCUGUGCUCAGCGCUAGCGCCUCCUUGCUGGUGAGAAAUGGGAGUGUCCACUUAGAAGCAUCACAUGACAAUGCAUCUGCUGUAGGCGGUAGCAGUUUGCACGAUGAACUUGACGGCUGUGGCAAGAGGAUGGAGAGGGAUAGAUUCUUACUAGGUAAGUUUAGUUCUACACUGUACGAGACGGGAGGCUGUGACAUGUCACUUGUGAACUUUGAGCCAGCUGCAAGAAGAUCGUCCAACAUCUGCGACACGGAUUCUCAUGUAUCAAGUUCUACCUCAGUUCGCUUUUAUCCACAUGAUCUACUUUCUCUUCCUCAGAUCAGGUUGAACAGGCUGUUAACUAUAGAUACAGAUCUGCUGGAGCACCAAGACAUUGACCUAAGCCCUGACCUUCAGGACCGUAUGCAAUCACAAGAGGAAGCAGCCCAGAAAGUUAAACAAUACUAUCGCUUUUGGAUCCUACCCAAGCUGUGGAUUGGUAUUAAUUUUGAUAGGCUAACUCUCUUGGCUUUAUUUGAUAGGAAUCGUGAGAUCCUUGAAAAUGUGUUAGCUGUCAUCCUAGCUAUUUUAGUUGCUUUCCUGGGUUCUGUACUCCUUAUAGAGGGCUUUUUCAAGGAUAUCUGGAUCUUCCAGUUUUGCCUGGUAAUAGCCAGUUGUCAGUACUCACUACUCAAGAGUGUUCAACCAGAUUCUUCUUCCCCACGACAUGGUCAUAAUCGUAUCAUAGCCUAUAGUCGGCCUGUUUAUUUCUGUUUGUGUUGCGCUCUUAUAUGGUUGUUGGAUUAUGGUAGCAGAAAUACAUCUACAACAAGGUUCAGGUUGUAUGGAAUGGUUUUCACCAACCCGUUGCUGCUGCUGUCUGCCAGGGACUUAGUUAUAGUAUUUACGCUGUGUUUCCCUAUAGUAUUCUUCAUUGGUCUUCUGCCUCAGGUGAAUACAUUUGUGAUGUACCUCUGUGAACAGCUGGAUAUUCAUGUCUUUGGUGGCAAUGCCACUACAAGCCUGCUUGCAGCUCUUUACAGUUUCAUCUGUAGUAUUGUGGCAGUAGCAUUAUUGUAUGGAUUGUGUUAUGGCGCCCUGAAGGAUUCUUGGGAUGGCCAGCAUAUUCCAGUCCUCUUCUCAAUAUUCUGUGGCUUGUUAGUAGCGAUAUCCUAUCAUCUCAGCAGACAAAGUAGUGACCCUUCUGUACUUUUCUCUUUAGUACAAUCAAAAUUUUUUCCUAAUUCUGAAGACAAAAACCCAGAGGAUCCUCUGUCUGAAGUCAAAGAUCCUUUACCUGAAAAACUUAGAAAUUCAGUGAAUGAACGGUUACAAUCUGACCUGAUAGUGUGUCUCGUCAUUGGUGUACUCUAUUUUGCAAUUCAUGUCAGUACAGUAUUCACAGUUUUGCAGCCUGUCCUUAGCUACAUUUUGUAUGCGUUGGUGGGCUCAGUAGGAUUUUUAACCCAUUAUGUGCUGCCUCAACUCCGAAAGCAGCUUCCUUGGCACUGUUUCUCUCACUCGUUGCUGAAAACCAAGGAGUAUUAUCAAUUUGAAGUCCGAAAUGCUGCCCAUGUAAUGUGGUUUGAGAAACUUCAUGUGUGGCUCCUCUUUGUGGAGAAGAAUGUUAUCUACCCACUGAUAGUCCUCAAUGAGCUCAGCAGCAGUGCCAAGAACAUUGCUAGUCCAAAGAAACUGGACACAGAGAUUGGCACUUUAAUGAUCACCAUAGCUGGUUUGAAGUUGUUGCGUUCCUCUUUCAGCAACCCAACCUGCCAGUAUGUCACUGUUGUUUUCACAGUGCUCUUCUUUACAUUUGACUACAAAAGUUUUUCUGAGACCAUGCUGCUUGACCUCUUCUUCAUGUCCAUACUCUUCAGCAAGCUUUGGGAACUCUUUUAUAAAUUGAGAUUUGUGUAUACUUAUAUUGCUCCUUGGCAGAUCACCUGGGGAUCUGCUUUCCAUGCUUUUGCCCAGCCCUUUGCUGUGCCGCAUUCUGCAAUGUUGUUCGUCCAAGCGGCUGUGUCAGCUUUCUUCUCCACCCCACUGAACCCCUUUCUGGGAAGUGCAAUAUUCAUCACUUCAUAUGUCAGACCUGUCAAAUUCUGGGAAAGAGACUACAACACAAAGCGUGUGGACCAUUCAAACACAAGACUUGCUUCCCAGCUUGAUAGAAAUCCAGGUUCAGAUGAUAACAACCUGAAUUCAAUCUUCUAUGAGCAUUUAACCCGUUCCCUUCAGCACAGCCUGUGUGGAGACCUGUUGCUGGGGCGGUGGGGGAACUACAGUACUGGGGACUGCUUCAUCCUAGCUUCUGACUACCUCAAUGCACUAGUACACCUUAUAGAGAUAGGAAAUGGUCUGGUCACCUUCCAGCUGAGGGGGCUUGAAUUCAGAGGCACUUACUGUCAGCAACGAGAAGUAGAGGCCAUCACUGAAGGGGUAGAGGAAGAUGAAGGGUUUUGUUGCUGUGAACCUGGCCACAUCCCACAUAUGCUUUCAUUCAAUACUACCUUUGGCCAACGCUGGCUGGCAUGGGAAGUGCUUGUGACAAAGUAUGUUCUGGAAGGCUACAGCAUCACAGACAACAGUGCCGCUUCCAUGCUUCAAGUCUUUGAUCUUCGAAAAAUUCUCACCACUUAUUAUGUGAAGGGCAUUAUCUAUUAUGUCACAACCUCCCCCAAGCUGGAGGAAUGGUUAGCUAAUGAGACAAUGCAGGAAGGAUUACAGCCAUGUGCAGACUGCAACUAUGUUGAUGUGGACCCUACAUUUAAUCCAAAUAUUGAUGAGGAUUAUGACCACCAUCUAGCAGGGGUCUCCAGAGAGAGUUUCUGUAUGACUUACCUCAACUGGAUAGAGUACUGCUGCUCCCGAAGAGAAAAGCCGCUGGAUGCAGAUAAAGACUCCUCCUUGGUGACUCUUUGUUACGGACUGUGUGUUCUGGGGCGGAGAGCUUUGGGGACUGCUUCCCAUCAUAUGUCUAGUAAUUUGGAAUCUUUCCUGUAUGGGCUGCAUGCCCUGUUUAAGGGCGACUUCCGUAUCUCUUCAGUCCGAGAUGAAUGGAUCUUUGCUGACAUGGAAUUGCUGAGGAAAGUGGUGGUUCCCGGAAUACGCAUGUCACUCAAACUACAUCAGGAUCACUUCACUUCCCCAGAUGAAUACGAUGACCCUACUGUCCUCUAUGAAGCCAUUGUGUCCCAUGAGCAAAACCUGGUUAUAGCACAUGAAGGGGACCCUGCCUGGAGGAGCGCUGUCCUUUCCAACUCUCCCUCCCUGCUUGCCCUCCGCCAUGUGAUGGAUGAUGGCACCAAUGAAUAUAAAAUCAUCAUGCUGAACAAGCGUUAUCUCAGUUUCAGAGUAAUCAAGGUAAAUAAGGAGUGUGUGCGUGGCCUCUGGGCAGGGCAGCAGCAGGAACUUGUCUUCCUGCGUAACCGUAACCCAGAAAGAGGGAGCAUCCAAAAUGCAAAGCAGGCUUUGAGGAAUAUGAUCAAUUCUUCCUGUGACCAGCCCAUUGGAUACCCAAUCUACGUCUCACCUUUGACUACUUCCUAUUCAGAUAGCCAUGAUCAGCUCAAGGAGUUUCUUGGGGGCGCUAUCAGUUUGGGAAAUAUCAGAAACUUCAUAGUGUCCACAUGGCACAGAUUAAGGAAAGGUUGUGGUGCUGGCUGCAACAGUGGUGGAAACAUUGAAGAUUCAGAUGCUGGAGGUGGGGCUUCCUGCACAAGUAACAAUGCAGCUGCCAAUGAGUCGCAAAGCAGCAUGUCACAAGGAGGAGGGAAUUUAAUUACAGGGCAGGGCCCUGGCAUGGGACUCCACCCUCCUAUCACAUCUCACCCCUCAACACUAGGCACCAGUCACAGCUCCCAUUCUGUGCAGUCAAGCCUUAUCAGACAUUCCCCUGCUCGUGCCUCGGUAGCCAGCCAUUCAUCUUAUUGCUACAGCAGUCGUCAUUCAUCACUUCGCACGUCCACUACAGGCUUUGUGCCUUGCCGACGCUCUUCCACCAGUCAGAUAUCCCUUCGUAACCUCCCAUCCUCCAUCCAGUCUCGCCUAUCCAUGGUGAACCAAAUGGAACCCACUAGCCAGACUGGCGUUGUCAUCAUGCAGCAUGGCCUACCCUCUUCCAGCAGCUCCAGCCAAAGCAUCCCAGCCUGUAAACAACAUGCCCUUGUGGGCUUUCUAGGAACAGAAGGAGGGAAUAACGUAACUGAUGCACAGUCAGGUGGUAAUGCAAGCCCUGCAAACCAUAUGCAAGCCAAAAGGGAUGAAGUUAUUUACAGAAUCCAGAUAAUGGAUCCCAGCCAAGUACUGGAAGGGAUCAACAUGUCUAAAAGGAAGGAGCUGCAGUGGCCAGAUGAGGUGAUACGGCUAAAAGCUGGAAGAAAUAGCUGGAAAGACUGGAGUCCUCAGGAAGGCAUGGAAGGCCAUUUGGCCAGCGUCACUUGGGAAUUGCUUCCAAGGAAUUCGUUAACCGGCCUUGCUUGUCACAGGAUGCCAGCAUCUACACUGUUUGAUGAUGAUAAGGAAAGAGGAAGGUUAAAAAGAGAGAGUUUGAAGGUGAUUCACCGCUGGGUGCCUUGCAGCAGAGAUCCAGGGAGUAGGUCCCACAUAGAUAAAACCAUCCUGCUGGUCCAGAUUGAAGACAAAUAUGUUGCUGUGGUUGAAACUGGAGUCCUAGAACUUGGGGCUGAAGUGUGAGCCACGCUGAUAAUUAAACUUCCCCUCCUCCAAAGAUUCAGAAGAGAGGAGGGGUCAGGAGAGGAUGCUCCCAGGGCAUGAAACUUUAGUCCAGUUAUAGGACAGGACCUGAAAACAGGGGGCUUGUAGAAGGCCCUUCCCCAAAAUAAAGAAGUGUAAGAGCUGGAUUUUUUUAAGUUGUUAGCUGCUGAGGAAACAUUUGCAUGAAGGGUAAAGAUUUGUUGAGACAUCAUUUUUGUUUUGAAACUUUGUUUUAUGCAUUGUGUAUUGCUUUAAAUCAACAAACUUCAGUUCUAAAAUAGGAGCCCCUCAUAUUUUUCUAAUUGCUUUGCCAAAAAUUGCCAUGUUUUGUAACAGAGCAUGUGGCGUCCAUUCACCUUAUUUAAAGAAACUGACUAGCAUACAAACCUUUGGUUCAGCGUAAAGCCAUAUAGAGGUUUUAUGUAUGGCGAGAGACUGAGCAGACGUAUAGACGUAUAGAUUAUCUUCUUCCUUGUGAGCUAAAAUCUUUAAUGAGAGAACUGCACUAAUUUUUUUACAGCAAUGCACUAAAAUAUCUGAGAUUGCUCAGAACAUUUAUUUAUAUAUAAAUAAAAUAUCAUUAUUUAAAUUGCCUUUGGGAUUAAUCCCCUCCCUCUCCAUAUACUUGUUGACAGUAAGAGCUGUGCCAUGGAUUCUGUUUGGUUCAGUAGUCUGUAUUUCAUAUCAGUGCAUUGCAUCCUUUUCACAAUAAAUGGCAAAAUACCAAAUAUCUAGUAAUGUACCUGAAUAUCCCCAUAACUAUAUCAAAGGCUAUUUUGGUGGUGGUGCAUCAAUCAUCUGUACAACAUAUUCAGCUUUAAAGUGGGUCUCAAUGCACUAAUUUGCAUCCUUUGUCUUUCUUAGAUAGUCCUGACUUCUCUGCUCCUUUACACCUGGAGCUAACUCAGUUAUACUGGUGGCUCUUCUCUGGAAGAGGCACUUGAUUUUUGAGGGAGGUAGGGGUGAAUCUUAGUUCAUGGUCCAUGUCUAUUUUCUGCGACCUUGAAGGUUUUCAGAUUCAGUACAGUUAACUGGGGUUUGGUUGGUUGGUUUUUUUUUUUUUUUUUUUUGGUUUUUUUUAAAGGACUUAUGGAGGAGGCACAGCCCUAAACUGUUGUAUCGUUUUUACCAUCUCACCUUUCCUUUCCCUCUAGUCUUCAUUCUUUUCUAUGACUUGAAUUUUAUUUUCAAUGAUUAUAUAUUCUGUGUAACUGUAAUUUGAGUAUUUAUAACUGUGAAGUUCAAUUAUUCAUGUGUUACAUAUCCUAGGUUUUAUUGUGUUUUUUAAAAUGUGUGUAUUCAGGGAAACAAGUAACUCAAAUUUACCAUGGAGGUGUGAGGAGAAAACGGCAGUUUAGAUUUAAGUUGCAGCUCCUCUAACUUGAUUCUCUUAAUCCAUGAGAAAAAUGUACAUGUUGUGAUUGUUUCCUGUCUCUGAUCUGGAAUUAUGGUCAGUUCUGCAGAGAACUUCACGCAGUCCUAGCUUUUGAGAGCAGCCAUCUUCUCUCCCCCAUCAUUACCUCUUCUUCCGAGGUAGUAUAACUAGGGGAGAGUUUUAGCAGAUUGCAGGGGAUGUGUUGCAAUUAUUUCUCUGUAAGCACUGAAAUCUAGUCCAUUAUAUACUUAUGUAAGAGUAAACCUACAAGGGGUAAGGAACAUGUAGGAAGCAAAUGCCUCCUGCAAAGCAGUGUUGAUAUGCUGACUCAAGUUACUAUAAAGCUUUUAGCGAUGAAAAAGUAGUCUCUUCUAUGCCUAGUGUCUGGUCAGUUAUGAACCCUAUUCCUAGUGCCCUGUUGUCGGGCUUUGCUUAUGUUGUAUACUAUGCAAAGCGUGUACACUUUAUGUACUGUGCAUUUUACAAUUCCAUAUUACUGUACAGUUUAUACAUAUGCAGUAUUUAAUCUUUGCAUAAAUGCACAGUUCAGAAUCUGCCACCUUGGAAAUCAUUUGUCUGGUCCCAACGCCUUACCAAAUGUGCACGAUAGUGUGGUUAAAUUUAUCUCCUAGUUAUCUGAAAACAUAGUGAAGUAGCUGACUUCAUUGGUAGUUUUGUAGCUUUGCUGUCAUGAGUGAAGAAAAUUUCUGUUAGAGUUGAAGCCAUUUUUAAUGAAGGUUUGUACUUUUAUGCCCUUUCUCUGCUGACAAUUAAAAGAUCCAUUUCCUUUAUCAGUUGGAAUAUGGUUUCACAAAGACUAACAAAUGAGAAUCCUCUCUGGGGAUAGACCCUAAUUUUGGUAUUAAUACAAGGGUUCUUUACUGUUCUGAUGCCUUGAGAGAAUCAGAUGCUUAAAAAGCAAAGUAAACACAUAUACCCCAUUUUAAAAAAAUCACAACUUGGAUGAAGCACCUCUUCAAAUACGGUUUUUAUGUGCAAUAUCUGUUACUCUCUUUUGGGAAAGAUAAUGAAUUUCUCCCAGCAACAAGUCCAUUCCUAAUAAUAUGCUUUGAGGAUAUAUAAAAAUACUACAGUAACACUUUAUUAUUCAAAGUUAAAUGGUAAAGUUUAGAAGAACCAAGGCAUGUCUUAAACAGUAAAUAUGACUUGUGGAUCUAUAUUUUUAAUCUUAAGGCUUCCACUGUGUUGACAUUUGAAGACCGAUUGUAACUUGGUUAGUUAACAGGUUAAUAGCUUCUCCUGAAAACAUUAUUAGUAAGUCUGUGUGAAGUCAUUCAGAUAGCUGUAUUUCACCAACACCAAAACUGCUUGUAAAUCCUAAUAAUUUACUAUUAACUGAUUUCAGAUAUGCUCACUGAAAAUCAGCUAAUUGCAAUUUUACCCUUCCAUAUGGCUUUUAAAAAUUAGCUUUUUCACCUUCCAAUAUUUCAGUUACUUGGUUAUAAAGUCCUUAAAUUACCUAAAUUAUUUUAUAUUGGAUUGUCUACUAAAUUAGUGGGCUCUUGAUUUCACGAUUAAAUGGACAAAACCUAUCCAAAUUCUGCUAACUCCGAAUAUGUUAGGUCAGCCCGUGCUUCAACAAGAUUUAUUUUAAACUGAUUGCUAUGCUUUCUUUUUUGUGGUGGUGUAAUCAAUUAGGAGUUAAUACUGAUGCAUAAGAAUUUUUGGGGGACAGUGGAAGCCCUGAAUAUUCUCACAUUGUUGUCCUACCAGACUAGUAUGUCAUGGCUGUAGAAUAGAGUUCUUAAACUUUCUCAGUCCAACAUGGAAACUUCAGCCAUGUAGAAAGAUGGUGGCAGGGUUUCACUCUUAUCCUCUGGCAGCAUUGUGUGUUGCUGGUAUUUUGCUGUAUUGACAUUCCAGUUAAGACUAGCUUUGUAGCCUCUGGGAAUAUGAUCCACAUCUACUUUGUUUCUGUAAGUAGAUGUUUCUGAAGGUGGUAUCUAUAGAUACAUACAUUAAGGGCUUACUGCUGAGCUAAAAUGAAUACUCAAGUACAGAAAUACACUGAAUGUUUGUACUAAGCAGAUUGCAGGGGCAUUCAGCAGCAAAACACAACUUAAAUUCUUGAAUUCCCUCUCUCCCACACUAGCUACCUGUGAAAUCUUUUGAUACUUCCUGGUUUUGCUAAUGAUAUCCCAGCAUGCAUUUGACCACCACCGAUACCUGAAUUUCUAUGCAACUCAUGGUAUCUGUGAUGUCACAGAGUGAUGGAUUAAUUUUGGGAUCUCUCUUGCAAACCAGGAAGUGCCAGAGGAUUUCACAAUGGGGUUGGGGGAGGAAGGAUUUUUUAAAAAGGUAAGUAGUUGAAUGGCCCUAUAUCCUGUUUAGUGGGGCACUUGGCACAUUUCUGACCUUGACUCAAUUUUCAUAUUAGCUCUUUGCAGUUCAUCUCCAGUCCUUCCUCUAUCCCAUCCUGCUUUCUGUCAGAUGGUGAUCUUUGAGGGCAGACCCUAGGUGCGUAAUGAACUGAAAAUUCAGAAUAGAUAUGCUGUGGCAUUUGUGCCCUUGGCAAUUUGUGGCAGAUGCCCUAAAAGUUUUGCCUUGGGGAAUAAUAAUAAUAAAUAUCCAACUGGGAAUCACUUCACUGAUACCAGACCCAAGAGACUAAAUGACCCAGUGGUGUAGAUACAUAACUUAUACCUUUUUGAAGACCUUUAUUAAUAGAGAAUGGACUCUCCCUCCACAAACUAGAGUAGAACAACUUGGAUUUCUUAUAAUGAAUAAUCAAAAUAUAUAAGUAACUCGUAUUGGACAUCUGGUUAAACCACCAUAGGUUUUAUGUAGCUAAUUUUAUUAGGGGGAUUUUAUACCUAUUAUAUAGGCUUCAACUCUUCUUGUUGUCUGGCAUUACUCAGCGCAUGAUAGUCUGAUGUAGUUCACGCAGUGAAGCUAGACAGUGUAAGAAAUUAGUUGUAUUUAUGUGCCUUAAUAAAACAGUGGUUACAUAACACCUUGGUGGGAACUACAGUACAUGACUUAUUUCACCCCAGUGUUGUAUAUUUAUAUUUCCAAGAAAAAAUGAUUUAAGAUGGCUGCUCCAAAAGACUUCAGGAGUAUAUGUACAUCACUCAGUCACAAACAUUUGAAUACAAGCAAUCUAAUAAUUUCUGGUGUACAGUUUGAAUAUAUAACCUCUGGUAAAUUCAAUCAUCCCAUGACUUUGAUAGACAGACAUCAUAUAGCUGAAUGUUAACUUGUUCCAUAAGGACCCUAAGUAGGCCUGACAAUGAGCCGCUGAUUAGAAAAUUGAGGGAGGAGGGGAAUAAAACAUAGAUAGGGAGAAUGGGUUGAGUUUUGAAUGGGCUAUGAAAAAUACACAUUGCCUCUACCAGCAUAUAGAUAUCUUGCCAGGGAUAGGGAUACAUGUACUUGCGUGUGUCUGUAAGCGUGUAUGUGUCUGCGUGUGUGUUAUUGAAAACAGCCUGUAAAUAUUGUAGUUGUUUAAAAUGGAAAAAGCAGAGAUUUUUUUGCAAUGUGUUGUAUCAAAAAGGACAGUAUUGACAGUGAAGAAACACUGAGAAAUAAAAUUUUCUUUUUUCA